AUGUGGCUGAUUCCAUUCUCCUUUGGCCAGCACCACACCCUGAUGGUGAACUUUGACAAGGCCCAGACGGUGGCUGGCCUCCGCAUCUGGAACUACAACAAGACCCCAGAGGACUCCUACAGAGGGGUGAGAGAGAGAGUCACUGGGAUGGAGAACUGGCUUUAGUAGCCUGGUGGAAGUGUAAAUUCAAAUAGAAAUAUCUGGGCCCUGUAGGUUGCUUUUGUAUUUGUGAGUCUUGUCAUUAAAGGUGCAGUGCAAUGUAGUUGUACAAAUCUAUACGAUGCCCCAUAAGGGUGCUUUACACUCUGCCAUAGAUCCUUAAAGAUAUCUGAAUAUUGACUGAGAAAAAUGUUUUUUAAGGGGUGAAUGCCUAUUCCUCACAAAAACACAAUUCUAACCAUAAUACACAUUUCUUAAGAUACCCACCUCUUAUUAUCCCUAUUCCUGUGUUCUCCAGGUGAAGGUGAUCCAUGUGUCUCUGGACGAUACGCUCAUCUCUCCAGCAGAGGGCUUCCUCAUCAGGAAGGGACCAGGGAACUGUCACUUUGACUUUGCUCAGGAGAUCCUCUUCAUUGACUUCCUCCAGACCCCCACCACAGGCCUGGUCAACAGCAAGAGGACAGCAGAGGACUCGGCCUACACACUCAAGUGACUACUUACUUCUAGGCUAGUCCGGUUUGUGCCGUCUUACUAAUGACCAUACGAGUUGGCAAGACGGCACAAACAGAUCUGGGACCAGGCUAAUUGUAGGCCACCUCCCAGUAGGAAGGUGUUUAAUGUAAUGUCUCUGUUGUGAUGCAUCAAACUGUUUUAGUGUCUCGUAAAAUAGCAUUCUAUCUAUUAUCCCCACUGUGCCAAACACCUAGUCAUGUAUCAAAUUAAUCAUUCAUAUGAUAAUUCAUAUACUCUACUACUGUAAUGCAAUACAAUAUGAGAUGUCAUUUUAAGGUUUGUGCCUUGUGUGGUUUUCAGGGCUGGCUCCAGAAGACAGGAGCAAGCCAGCAUGGACUACGAGGCCCCCAUCAUGCCUUGUGGAUGUAUCCUUCCUCCUGCUGCUCACAAGACAUAGUCCCACAGAAUAUAAGGCCUACAGCAGGGAUCCCCAACUACAUUCAGCCACGGGACGAUUUUUUUCUUAAGCAGAUGGUCGGGGGUCCAUAAUUAUAAAUAAUUUGUACACAAGAAGCCCAAACAGAUAUAGUAUUUGACAAAAACAUAAUCAAUAUCAAACGCUGAUUACAUUGGGAUAAGAUCACAUAUGUCUCUCUAUUAAUGCUGAGAAUACUUGGGAACAGAUUUUCUAAAUUAAAAUCACUUUGAGCUGAUUUACUGGUGAUUGUAUAGUCUUUUAUGUCCAACAACGAAUAUUUUAUACAAAUACAAAAUAUCUUCAGAAAUCACACAGAUUUGGCCCGCUGGCUGCCAUUUGGGGAACCCUGGUCUACAGUAUGCCUUUACUAACGUAACAUGUCACCUUACAUAGACAUACAGCAAUACUGCGACCAGUGGAUAACAUUUACAAACAAAAUAUUUCACCUUUUAGUGGAUAGAAUUGACAAUAUACAGUAUAUAUUAUACCUUUCAUAGAAGAUAUACUGUACAUAUUCAAUGUCAUUACAACCAGUUUCGCCUACUUGGGAUACUGUGAUCACUAAAUUACUUGAUGACUGUAAAAGUACUGAGUGUGUACACGGCUCCACGUCUCUUCCUUAACCCUUGACCCACCAGUCAUCUUCCAGCUGCAGCUGCUGACCACCUGGGGUGACCCCUACUACAUCGGCAUGAACGGCCUGGAGUUCUAUGACCAAAACAACGAGAAGAUACUCCUCAGUGACAACAGUAUCCUACCUACAAUGUUAACACCACACACACACACACACACACACACACACACACACACACUGAGAACCACCACUGCUGCAAUCUACACUUACACCCAGUGGUCACUAGUCUCACUUGACCUGACUGGCUGAGCUAGCUAGCGUGAGACUUCGAGUCUGGCCUAAGACUGGUCAUCAACCCUGGUCCUGGAAAUCCACAGGGUGUACAGGCUUUCGUUUUAUUCCAGCAUUAAAACACAUUAUUCAGUCAAUCAAGGGUGUGCUGAUUAGUUGAAUCAGGUGUGUUUAGUGCUGGUGUGGAACGAAAGCCUGCUCUCCCUGUACCGGUCGUCACUAUCUGGCCAAGUUGCAAAGUCGGAAGCCCCACCUAGUUCUACAAUUUCUGUUCUUAAAAUCUGUUUUUAAACUUAACCCUAACCACACUAGUUUUUUUUUUCAUAUACAUUUUUACGAAAUUUCGAUAUAGCCAAUUUUGCAGCUUGUUCAUAUAGUGGGAACCUCUUGUACCUUCCAUGGACCAAGUUUAGUGAAAUCCCAAACUAUAAAUGUACCCUGAAAUAGUAAAAGGGUGGCUUCUAGUGGAGGAAAUGGAAAUGGCAGGAGUAAUGACAUGGUAGUCAACACAGUUUGAGUCCAUUCUUUAACAGUGCUUCUCCUAGAUAUCGCUGCGUUCCCAGACAGUGUGAAUGUCCUGGACAGUGUGAACGGUGAUGUAAGGACUCCAGAUAAGCUGGUAGAUGGAGUGAACAACACUCAUGAUGGCAGACACAUGUGGCUAGCGCCGGUGCUCCCCGGACUGGUGAAUCGCGUGUAUCUCAUAUUUGACCAGCCAGUGACCGUGUCCAUGAUCAAACUGUGGAACUACUCCAAGACACCACAGAGGGGGGUAAAGGAGUUUGGGGUAAGUCAGUCUUCUCUUCUCUCUCCUCCUUAGUACAGUAACACAGACCAUAUUCAUCAGAGAGACCCAGAUCUUAGGACUCGGGAGCAAAGCAGAAUAAGAAUAAUUUCAGACUAUAAUGGUCUAAUAAAGUACUAUUACUAUGAACUCUUCUGUAGAUUUUUAUUUCACCUUUACUUACACGGAUAAGUCAAUUAAGGAAAAAAAUCGUAUUUACGAUGACGACCUGUCAAACAUCAAUAAACAACAAUUACACUAUACAUAUCUAUAUACACAUCUAUACAUAUCUAUAUACACAUUUAUACACAUCUAUACAUAUCUAUAUACACAUCAAUACAUAUCUAUAUACACAUCAAUACAUAUCUAUAUACACAUUGUGACGUCACGAGAGGCUACACAGCUUUCAGCGGGGUUGCUCAAGUAGUGCAAGGAGACAAGGUUCAAACAAACCAAGGAUUUUAUUAUAGGUCUUGGGAAAUUAACGAAAAUAUAACAAAAGUCUGUUCUCUUGUGGCUCUUUAAGGGUUAACAGGUCAGGGAUGUCUCUUCCACAUCCAACAUCAUAAUUCUCACUCGCUCAGAUAACUUUUCCCCAGCCUUACUGUAGUCCACGUUGCAGCUAGUGGCCAACCCAGCACAAAGUCCUUCCAAAUGUCUCUCACGUAUUUCCACAGGUGCAUAUAUCCACAGGUGAGUAUUUCCCCAAAGGUAAGUGUCUCCAAAUCCUUAUAUUCCUCCUGGAAGUGGACGUGCAGCACUCUUGUCCUCCAGAGAGCCCAGGUUGGAGACUGUGUUUCUUCACCCCCCACACACACACUCAGUGUGUCUUCCCUUCCCAAACCUUCAGCUCCUCAGCUCCUGAUUUGUUUCAGCUGCGUGGGAAGAUUGGCCAUAGAGGGGUGGAGUUCCCGACCAUACCAGCAGAUGGAGCCAUAGCUGUCUGGGUUUGCAGCCACCUCAGGGGGAUGUAACGUCCCUCCAGGACACAGCCUCUCGUGACAUCACACAUCCCCCUCCUCGGGACCGACGUCCUCGUCGGGGUAAAGGCAGCGAAGAAGGCAUCACGCCGGGAGAGGGCGUCCGCAUUGCCGUGGUGCUUGCCAGCCCUGUGGGCAACAGAAAAGUUAAACGGUUGCAAGCUCAAAAACCACCUGGUUACUCUACUGUUUGAUUCCUUGUUCUUGGCCAUCCACUGCAGAGGGGCGUGAUCAGAUACCACCCUGAACCGUCGGCCCAGGAGAUAGAACCGAAGGGACUCCAGGGCCCAGACUACAGCCAGACAUUCUUUCUCCACCGUUGAAUAGUUCUUCUCUCUUGGAAGUAACUUCCUGCUUAGGUAGAGAAUGGGAUGUUCUUCACCGUCAUGUGCCUGGGUGAGGACAGCACCCAGACCCACCUCCGAAGCAUCCGCUUGGACAAUGAAUUCCUUCUUGAAGUCUGGUGCCACCAGGAUCGGACUGGAGCAGAGUGCUCGCUUCAGGUUGAGGAAAGCCGCCUCCGCCGCAGGGUUCCACUUCACCAUUCGUGAGUGGCGUUUGGUCGUCAGCUCCGUCAACGGUGCAGCUAUGGUAGCAAAAGCUGCAAUAAAGCGUCUAUAGUAGCCAGCGAGGCCCAAAAAUGACCUUACUUGCUUCUUGGUGAUGGGCUGCGGCCAGUCCUGUAUGGCCCGCAGUUUGGCUUCCUGUGGUUUGACCAACCCCCGCCCAAUGGUGUACCCCAGGUAGUUUGUCUCACUGAAGGCCAGCUUGCACUUCUUCGGGUUUGCCGUGAGCCCUGCUUCCCUGAGCGAAUCCAGCACCGCUUGUACCCGGGGUAUGUGGCUGGCCCAAUCCGGACUUUGUAUAACAACAUCAUCCAAAUAAGCCGCUGCGUACCUCUUGUGGGGCGCAAGGACUCGAUCCAUCAGGCGUUGGAACGUGGCAGGUGCCCCGUGGAGACCAAACGGAAGUCGGGUAUACUGGUAGAGCCCCUCCGGGGUGGCAAAGGCUGUCUUCUCCUUGGACGCCGGGGUCAGGGGCACCUGCCAGUAGCCUUUUGUGAGAUCAAGAGUGGUUAGGAAACGAGCAUGCCCCAAGGAGUCUAUUAAAUCAUCGACACGAGGCAUUGGGUAUGCAUCAAAUUCAGACACUUCAUUCAACUUUCGAUAGUCAUUACAAAAUCGUACUGAACCGUCUGGCUUGGGAACUAGUACGAUGGGACUUGCCCAGGCACUGUGGGACUCUUCGAUUACUCCCAACUCCCGCAUCUUCCUUACCUCCUUCUGUAUAACCACUUUACGAGCCUCUGGCACGCGGUACGGGCGCUGGUUUACCGUUCGGCCAGGCAUGGUGCGGAUCUCAUGUUGGACCACCUCUGUGUGACCGGGAAGGGAGGAGAAGACAUCCUGGUUCUGCUCCACGAGUUCCAGGGCCAUCUGUCGUUGAUGUGGGGACAGAUUUGGACCCAGCUGAACCUCUUCUCGCGCCGGUUCCUUGGUCUCUGUGGGGGUAGACAGCUGAACAUCGCCUCUCUGGCGUGCCACUUCUUUAAAAGGUUAACAUGAUAAAUCUGCUCAGUUUUCCUUUUAUCUGGUUGCCUCACCUUGUAGUUUACUUCUCCCAUGCGUUCAAUGACCUCAUAUGGUCCUUGCCAGGUUGCCAGGAAUUUACACUCAACGGUUGGCACCAGGACCAGCACUCUGUCCCCCGGCUUAAACUCCCUGGGUUGAGCAGAUCUGUUGUAGGAGGCUUGCUGUUGCCGCUGACUGGCCUCCAGGUGUUCCCGCAUCAUGGGAUAGAUGGCCUUCAUUCUCUCCCUCAUAGCCCCGACAUGGUCGAUCAGUGUCCGCUGUUGGCAUGGCUGCUCCUCCCAGGCCUCCUUGGCGAUGUCGAGCAGUCCUCUGGGUCUGUAGGAAAGCAAGAGCUCAAAGGGUGAAAAACCAGUAGAAGACUGAGGUACCUCUCUCACCGCAAAUAAUAUGUAUGGUAACAGCUGAUCCCAGUUGCGCCCAUCUUCCCCUACCGCUUUCCGCAGCAUGGAUUUUAGUGUUUUGUUAAAACGUUCGACUAGGCCAUCUGUCUGGUGGUGGUAGACCGAGGUUCUCAUCUGUUUGAUUUUCAGUAAAGCACAGAGUUCUUUCAUCACCCUGGACAUGAAUGGAGUCCCUUGGUCCGUCAAUAUCUCUUUUGGGAUUCCCAGACUAGUUGAGAGACGGAACAGCUCCUUGGCGAUUUGUCUGGAUGUAGCCUUCCUCAGCGGAAUGGCCUCCGGGUACCGGGAUGCAUAGUCCAGAAUGACCAGAAUGUAUUGAUGUCCCCUGGAACUUUUCGGUAAGGGCCCGACUAUGUCUAAUCCAAUCCUCUCAAAAGGAGUUUCGAUAAUGGGCAAGGGAAUGAGCGGGUUUCUAUAUGUGGGCUUUGGCGCAACCUGCUGACACUCAGGGCAACUACGGCAGUAGUUCUCUAUCUCUUUGUGUACUCCUGGCCAAAAGAAACGUUGCAUGAUUCUUUCCUUAGUCUUCUCUACCCCCAAGUGGGCCCCUAGCGGGUGUGUGUGGGCUAGGUUGAGUACUGUGGCCCGAUAGGGCUGUGGCACGAGGAGCUGUUCAUGCACUUCAUCAUUUUUCUUGACUAUCUGAUAUACUAACCCCCGGUUUACUGCGAAAUGGGGGUAAGUAGGGUUUGUCUUAUCACCUAACACUACACCUUCUAAUACCUGCACAUUUCUUAAGGCAUUUGCAAGAGUAGGAUCUUGUAAUUGAGCCGUACCAUACUGGCCUGUGAGAGGGGGAAGCUCUUGGGUGCCUGGGACGUCUUCUUCACUGGAGAACGGAGCACUUUCCUGGGCUGCGUUCUCUUCUCCCGUAUCCGGACCGGUCUCGGUGUCGGUCUGGGCACCUGCCAUCCCUAUCAGAGCCCGGGCGGGAGUGAGUAACUCGGAGGAUUGCACCGGAGCCUUCCCAGGAUGAGUCUUGCCUCUCCGUUUCCGAGGUACUCGGGUUAUCCUCUCCUGAGACUCUCUCCAGAGUGGGUAAAAGGCUGGGCAGUCUCGUCCAAUUAGGACAGGGACGGGGAGGGAAUCAACCACCCCCGCCGUCGUGUGUAUGGUUCCCCGUGUGCUGGUCAUUGUAAGUUCAGUAAUGGGGUAUUCUCUGGUGUCCCCAUGGACACAGGAAACUGGGAGGACUUUCCCCGGGGUCAGACACGUUGGGCCCACCAAAUCCUUACGCACCAGGGUGGCCCGGCUACCAGAAUCCAGUAAGGCCUCCACAUCAUGGUGAUUCACAGUUACCGGGCAGGUGGGGGGGUCGAUCUGGGCCGCCAUCUACGACUCCCAAGAGCGAGGCAAAACGGUGUGUGGGUGCUGAGCUGGAGGACUCCGCAGUGGGCAUAGGUUCAUCGGCUGGUUUCCCACACUGCCAGGAGAUAUGUCCCAUCUCCCCACACCGGUAACACUGUCGAGUUUCCCCCUCCUGGUGUACUCUUCUUGGACCCGCCUGGUUUCUGGCUCCCCCUGGAGCCGGGAUAAGUCCUGACGUGGCUGGGUUCGAGACCUUGGGGUCCUUUGGACGGGUUCUUCCCAUUUGUGGUGGGGCCGCACUCCUGGGGUCUUUCCGGGAAGCAUUCAGCAUCUCCGCUGUGGCCUGGUACUUUUCCACAGCUUCCACGGUCAGAUCAGCCGUGGUCAAGGCCUGUUGACUGAUGAACCGUUUUGCCUCAUAAGGCAGGGCGCGUAGGUAACGAUCCACCACAACGGCCUCCACCACCGCCGCUGCUGUAUUCCUCUGCGGUUCCAGCCAUUUCCUUGCGAUUCGGACAAGUUCAUGCAUCUGCGCCCGAGGAGGUUGGUCUGGUUGGAAGGUCCAGCUGUGAAAGCGCUGGGCCAUACCAAACUUUGUGAGUCCAUAUCUGCUGAGGAUCUCAGCCUUCAGGGCAUCAUAGUCAGUAACCUGGUCAGGGCCCAGGUCCCGGACAGCAUUCAGCGAUUCCCCGGUUAGAAAGGGGGCUAACAGACCAACCCACUGUUGCUUGGGCCAGGCUUCCCUAGUGGCCGUGGCCUCAAAUGCAUGCAGGUAUGCCUCAAUGUCAUCGGUAGCUCCCAUCUUAGAUAUAAAGUCACUUGCCUUUAUUGGGCGGGUAUUUUGGACAACCCUCUGUCUCUGCAACUGCAAUUCCUCUGCCUUCAGAAGGUUGGCUUUCUUUUGCUCCUCCAAGAGAGCCACGUUUGCUUGCAUCUGGGCUUGCUGGCCAGCAACAAGGGCUUCCAAUAUGUCCUCCAUUUCAGUCGGCGGGGAGCCUACGGCCAACUUGGAAAACUGGGUGAUCAAACCUUCGGUAUCCUCCUCUGACAUGCACUAUUAACGCUUGAGUGCCCGUGUUCUCCACCAUCUGUGACGUCACGAGAGGCUACACAGCUUUCAGCGGGGUUGCUCAAGUAGUGCAAGGAGACAAGGUUCAAACAAACCAAGGAUUUUAUUAUAGGUCUUGGGAAAUUAACGAAAAUAUAACAAAAGUCUGUUCUCUUGUGGCUCUUUAAGGGUUAACAGUUCAGGGAUGUCUCUUCCACAUCCAACAUCAUAAUUCUCACUCGCUCAGAUAACUUUUCCCCAGCCUUACUGUAGUCCACGUUGCAGCUAGUGGCCAACCCAGCACAAAGUCCUUCCAAAUGUCUCUCACGUAUUUCCACAGGUGCAUAUAUCCACAGGUGAGUAUUUCCCCAAAGGUAAGUGUCUCCAAAUCCUUAUAUUCCUCCUGGAAGUGGACGUGCAGCACUCUUGUCCUCCAGAGAGCCCAGGUUGGAGACUGUGUUUCUUCACCCCCCACACACACACUCAGUGUGUCUUCCCUUCCCAAACCUUCAGCUCCUCAGCUCCUGAUUUGUUUCAGCUGCGUGGGAAGAUUGGCCAUAGAGGGGUGGAGUUCCCGACCAUACCAGCAGAUGGAGCCAUAGCUGUCUGGGUUUGCAGCCACCUCAGGGGGAUGUAACGUCCCUCCAGGACACAGCCUCUCGUGACAUCACAACAUCUAUACAUAUCUAUAUACACAUCAAUACAUAUCUAUAUACACAACUAUACAUAUCUAUAUACACAUCAAUACAUAUCUAUAUACACAACUAUACAUAUCUAUAUACACAUUGCUGUAAACAAGAAUCUGUUCUCUGUUUAACUUUCUGGGCUAAAAUAAGGGGUAAUAAAUUAAUGCCUGCAGUAAGCCUUCUUUGUGUACCUUGUGUAGCUGCUAGUGGAUGACCUCCUGGUGUAUAAUGGCAUCUUGGACAGUGUGAGCCAGGCGGCGCGGGGCAUCCUUCCCACCUGUGACCCGGUGGUGCCCUACCACACCAUCCUCUUCACCGACAACGCCCACAUUGCCCACCGUGAAAGGAACACUGUCAUCAGGUAACCCAGCAUGGACUUUGCUGCUGCAGCCUGAUAUAAGCAAAUUAUUUCCCUGUCCAUCAAAAUGUACACAUGUGCGGAUAGGUUUGGCUGCUUGUCCAUCAACUUGCACACAUGCUUAUUGGUUCUUCUGUCUACAUGUUCAUAGUGGCAGAGUUUGUGAAGUCAUUUACCAUAUUCACAUGAUGUGAGUUGUUUCAAAUGGCAGGAGACUGUAGCUAGCAUAGUGGGAGAAAGUCUCCUGUCUUUUCAAGGACAGACGUUCCUAUUAGUUAUAACGGUGUAAUUGGCACUGCAGUCUUCCUCUUUGUGACUCGUGUUAAACGGAGAUGUGCUCUCUCUACUCCAGCCCCCGAGGUGGUAGCAGACAUCACGAUCUGAAACAGUGAGUAACAGAGUGUCUCAUUACCCUUGUCAGCCCCCCCCCCCCCCCCCCCCCCCCCCCCCCCCCCCCCCCGGUCGAUUCAUGUUAAAAGAAGUUGCGUUCAUGUCCUCAAGUCACCCCACCUCCAACCCACAGCUUGGUUUGUGAUGCCAAGUUCUUCUACAGUAGUUCCAAAAGACCUCCUAGUCCCUUGUCACUCAUGUCUCUUGUCUCUCCAUCUCUCUGUAACUUCAUUGUAAGACAUAAGACUUGGACCUGCUCGCGUUAAGCUUUGUUGUCGUCAGUCAGUCCGUCCUUAGUUUUUGUGUUGCUCGCAUGCUCCAGCCUUUCAUAUACCUGGCCAGGUUAUGCAGAGACACAAGUGAAACUGGUGUGUUUUCCCCUCCUUGUGUUGUUUUGCAGCAAUUAUGUGGAGGACCAAGAUGUGAAGAUGACCAAUGAGAAUCAGAUAGUCCAUCACAACAACAAGAAACAAACAGUUGAUCCA